GGCCGGCGGGGCCGGGGUCCUUGGAAUGAUGCGGACGCAGUGUCUGCUGGGGCUGCGCACGUUCUUCGUGGCCUUCGCCGCCAAGCUUUGGAGUUUCUUCAUUUACCUUUCGCGGAGGCAGAUCCGCACAGUAAUUCAGUACCAAACUGUUGGCUAUGAUGUCCUCCCCUUGUCUCCUGUGUCCCGGAAUCGGCUAGCUCAGGUAAAGAGGAAGAUCCUGAUGCUGGACCUGGAUGAGACACUUACUCACUCCCACCAUGAUGGGGUCCUGAGGCCUACAGUCUGGCCCGGAACACCUCCUGACCUUAUCCUCAAGGUGGUAAUAGACAAACAUCCUGUCUGGUUUUUUGUACAUAAGAGGCCCCAUCUGGAUUUCUUCGUAGAAGUGGUGAGCCAGUGGUAUGAACUGGUGGUGUUUAUAGCAAGCAUGGAAAUCGAUGGCUCUGCCGUGACAAAUAAACAGGACAAUAGCAGAAGCAUUAAUAAGAGGAGAUAUUACAGACAGCACUACACUUUAGAGUUGAGCAGCUACAUCAAGGACCUCUCUGUGGUCCACAGUGACCUCUCCAGCAUUGUGAUCCUGGAUAACUCUCCCUGGGCUUAAAGGAGCCAUCCAGACAAUGCCAUCCCCAUCAAAUCCUGGUUCAGUGAUCCCAGUGACAUAGUCUUUCUCAACCUGCUCCCAGUGUUGGAUGC